AUGCCAGUACCAACGCUACCUUAUGAUUGCAUAGUAAACAUUCUAGAGAAUUUAGAAUAUGAUCGAUCCACCCUUUAUAGAUGUCUCUUUGUCAAUCGUUUUUGGUGCACGUAUGCUGUACGUUUACUCUGGCAUCGACCUUUUUCAAGCUCGCAUCGCGACAAACACUAUAUGAUUGUGAAAACGUACCUCUUGUUCUUCAAUGAGUCGGAACAAAAAAGUCUUAUACCUUUUAACAUUACCCUCGACUAUCAGACUCAAAAUUCCUCACCUUUAUUUCCUUAUGCCAAAUACUUGGAAGAAUUUUCCGACUUAGACUUUGGGUUGUCAAUUGAAGUUUUCUUGAACUAUAGUGAUGGUCAAAACAAUUGUAAUGAUCGUAGAGUAGAUGCCAUUUUGAUAUCUCUUUGGCGCAUGCUGAUGCGUCAAUGCGUGAAAAUCAAAUCGAUGAAGAUUAGGCCCAGCCUAUUUCUUUAUGGGUUUGAUGGACCAGACAUCGAGGGCGUGAUGCACACUAGAUCAGCUUUUGACCAUCUGCGAGAGUUCGAUUUUUAUGUGGACGAAUAUUAUGAUGGAACUUUUUCUAGGACGAUUGACUUGAUUCAAAAGCUUCCAUCUCUGUGUUCCGGAAUCAAGAAGAUGUCGAUUUGCCUUGAAGAAGAUCCUAUUUACAACAUUGAAUUUGAAGAGGAGGCUCACUGGAUAGCUAAGAUAAUUUAUGCCCAGCAUAACAUUAGCGACUUUAGACUUUCUGCGUCAAAAAACAUGCGCACAGUUAAGAUCAUCUCCUCGGCGUUGGUGAAAAAUGUGAAUCGAUUGACUUCAUUAUCAUUUGUUGGUAUAAGCUUUGAUGGAAUCUCGUUGAAAUUGCUGUCAAACCUUCAGUGCUUGGAGCGACUAGCGCUCUCCAUUUGUUCGGGACUCACACAGACACACAUACAAUCCUUUCCUCAAACUCUUAAACUUCAAGAGCUAAGGUUAGAUAGAAAUGAAUGGGCUAAUGAGGUGGACGUUGGGUUAAUCCAAAAAUGUAGGUCACUAUCAAAGAUUGUAAUAAAUAAUCUUACGACGGAGAAGAUUGCGGCGGCACGAAAUUCGCCUAAUAUCACGGACAUCACCGUCGAGAUGAAAUCGGCGAGCUUUUUAGAUGAAUUUUUCGACUGGAUACGUCAAUAUAAAAUGUUGGUGAAGCUUCAUGUAAAGAAUAAUUAUUUUGAAGGUUGUGGAUUAUUCAUCAGAUCCCUUGGAGAGAUUCUGCCAACAUCGCUGACGUACCUUGGUCUGGUCUGCGAGGUCAUCGAGCCCGAGGAGUUAUCGGAGUUUUUUAAGAAGUGCAAUGCCCCCCUGGAAACAUUAAUUAUCGCGCUUGAUCCGCUGGGAUAUGAACACCUUUCUGUAAUUGAAGAAUCUGUUACCACAAGCCGUUCAUUGAAAUUGUUGAGCUUAUCUAAUCGGUCGGAUAGUGAAAUUUGGGGACCUCGAGAAUUGGGGGUGAUAGAAAGGAUUAAACAACAAGGGAUUGAAAUGUUUGACUAUGUCUCAUAUAAUUGCUAUUUAGCAGGUUGUUUUCUCUAA